UUUUUCCGUUUCGCUUCUGCUUGAAUGGCUCAGUCGUCUGGGCCGCGGGCGUCGUCGUCGUCGGCUUCAGACCCAACCUCAGCGACGGCGAUGAUGAUGAUGACUGGCACGCACUCUAUUCCGGGCGCAGGUGCUGGAUCUGGGUCUGCAAGGGCGCCGCAUGGGUACAGCAGCAGCAGCAGCAGCAACGCCUUCUCACUCGCCGAUGCUGGCAAGCGUGGCACUGCCGCCUCGACCCAUGCAGACGAUGCAGACGCAGGCGACAUCAUGGAUGCAGCGCUUGCCUCUGCGCUUGGCGUGUCCGUGUACGACCAGACUGCGCUCGAGCGCGGCGUGCAGAUGCAGCUCGACUCUGCGUUGGCGCAGAUGCAGAUGGACAAGCAAGCGCACGCAACCAGCAAGUCAACCAGCAGCAGCAAGUCAAGCAAUUCCAAGAGCAAGUCCAAGUCGAUCGUGUCAAAACGAGCGCAUUCGAGCAAGAUGGACGACGACGACGAUGGCAAUGUCGACGUGAUGGUCGUCGUCGAUGAUGGUGACGAAGAAGCGGACGUCGUCGCUCAACCAUCGUCGGCGUCGGCCGCAUCCGAAGGUGCUGCGUCACGAUUCGCAGCUGUGAUUGCAGGACAGAAAUCAUUCCAGCCAUCGCAGCUGCCAUCUGACGGUCGCCGGCUUGGCAUGGCGUUGGAAUCGUCGUCCUCAAGCACGAGCUCGUCAAGAGCUGCGGCUCCUCCUGCUGCUGUUGGACAGCUCCCGCGGAAUGCAACGGGUGUGCAGUCCAGCGAGCUGCAGCGCCGCCAGCAAACGCUCAGCACCAUUAAAGACCGAGACUUUGGAGAGCGAGCCGGGCUUGUCUUGCCGCAAUCCAGGGCUGCGGCCGCCUCAAUCGCUUCUUCAGAACAACCCGUUUCCAAACGCCCUCGGCUUGAACCAGAGGCUGCUGGUGCGAUUGAUAACACCGACCCCACUCUCGGUGACUCCUCCUCAGGUUUGUCAACGCCCUUGCCAAUACCCGCCCCAGCUCACCGCGCACCAUCGCCGACCGCCGCAGAGUGGGCUGCGUGGUCGUCUUUUGCCGCGCCCCCUCCGACGCGACGUGCGGCUGCAGCUGCAUCUGCUCGAAUGCAAAAGUCUUCCUCUGCGGCAGAGCAACCACCAACUCGACAUUACCGCUUGCACGACGACAGCAACGAUUCUCCUUCUCUUCCCAAUCCGAAGCGCAAUCGCCAAUCGCGUUCGGCUGCUGUCAAGAGCGAGUCGGAUGACAGCGACGUCGAGUGGAUUGAACCCACGAACGAGAAAUCCAACUCGUCCUUUGCCGCGGACGACAGUUCUGACGAAGACGACGUCUCGAACUUGGAGGCAAACUCGUCGUCCAUGUCGCUGGAAUCAGAGGUCAACGAUCUGCGCAGCGUUGCUUCGCCAAAGCGAGGGAGAGGUCGCCCUCGAAAGCAGCGAGUCGCGUCCGACUCUGACGACGACGAGGAAGAAGCAGAAGGGCGUCUGCGAACGUCGGAAGGCACUCGACUCAACCGCGAGCAACAGCACGACGAUGGCGACGAGGCCUUUUAUCAGGCAAGAUUGCGACGCUGGCGUCAAGCACGCCACAAUGCUCGUCGCCAAACACUGCGCGCUCUCAACCAAACGAUGCAACAACAUCGCCGGCACGCAGCAGCAGCUCAGCAUGACCCAGUUACUGGCCAAACCAUCCCUCCGCCAGCAAACGAUCCCGAAUUCGACACCCCACUGGACGACGACAGUGACCUGGACGACAAUGACGAUGCUGAUUCGGAGGGCGAGGACUUUCGGCAGGGCGGCGAGGAGGACUUUGUCCUGGACGAAGACUUUCGUGUUCCUGGCGAAAUCUGGUCCAAGUUGUACCGCUACCAACGUACCGCGGUCGCGUGGCUGUGGGAGCUGCACUGCCAAAACGUCGGAGGCAUUGUUGGCGACGAGAUGGGACUGGGAAAGACGAUCGAAGUGAUUGCCUUCCUUGCCGGCUUGCGGUACAGCAACCUGGGUGUGUACACGCCGCGUGCAUCGCCGUAUGACGCGCUCCAGCCGGGGGCUCGCCGUCGUGCUCAGGUGGCGCGCUCUUCUAGGCAAGUCCAACCCCUGCGCGCCGCCCUCAUCAUCUGCCCCGCCACCUUGAUGCAGCAGUGGGUGCAGGAAAUUCAUCGCUGGUGGCCGCCGUUCCGUGUGGCCAUCUUGCACGAGUCCGGUGCGUCCAACAGCUCCAAGCAGGAUCUCGUUCGGCGCGUGCUGACCAAAGGCCACAUUCUUGUCACAACCUACGGCAGCAUCCGCGUCAACCAAGCACUGUUGCUUGCGCAGCCGUGGGACUAUGUCGUUCUGGACGAAGGCCACAAAAUCCGCAAUCCUGACGCGGAGAUUACCAUGGUUUGCAAGCAGUUUUCCACGCCACACCGCAUCAUCAUGUCUGGCUCGCCCAUCCAGAACAACCUGAAGGAGCUGUGGUCUCUGUUUGACUUUGUCUUCCCCGGCCGGUUGGGCACGCUCCCCAUCUUUCUUGCGCAGUUUGCCAUUCCGAUCGACCAAGGAGGGUAUGCCAACGCCACUUCUGUGCAAGUCCAAACGGCGUACAAGUGCGCUUGCGUGCUCCGAGAUGCCAUUGGGCCGUACCUGUUGAGACGGCUCAAGAGCGAGGUCAAAAUUGAUUUGCCCGACAAGAGCGAGCAAGUCUUGUUCUGCAAGCUGACGCCUUUUCAGCAGCGCAUCUACCGCAAAUUCCUCGAUUCGGCCGAAGUGGAGGCCAUUCUCGAGGGGUCGCGCAACGUGCUGUACGGUGUUGAUAUUCUGCGCAAGAUUUGCAACCAUCCACACCUCGUCACGCGGCGCAAGCGCGCAUUGGACGGCACUAACAGCAAGUCGUCGAUGGACUCGUCGCCUGGAGGCAAGAGUGCCAAGAAUGGCCGCAACAACAGGCAGGCUGCCGACGCGCCAUCCGGUGGCUACGAGAGCGACAACGACUAUGGUGUCGACCUGCACGAAGAAGGCGAGGAGGACGAGGAACAACGAGGCACGCUGAGAUUUGCGCCCUCCCAGCGCUCUUCUCAUGCGCCCACGACCCACUGGGAGCUGGACACGAGCAGCCCGGACUACGGGCGGAAGGACUUGAGUGGCAAGCUCGUGGUGAUUGACUCGCUGCUUCGGAUGUGGCACGCGCAGGGCCAUCGUGUGUUGCUCUUUGCCCAAACGCGGCAGACGCUGGAUAUUAUCGAACGGUGGGUGCGGUCGACUGCCUACCGCUACCGGCGCAUGGACGGAACAACCCCGAUUCGCUCUCGGCAGCAGAUGGUGGAUGAGUUUAACACGAACGAGUCGCUCUUUCUGUUUCUGCUGACGACUAAAGUCGGAGGUCUGGGCGUCAAUUUGACUGGCGCCGAUCGCGUCGUCAUCUUCGAUCCCGACUGGAAUCCGUCAACAGACACACAGGCUCGAGAACGCGCUUGGCGCAUUGGUCAGAAGCGCCAAGUGACCGUGUAUCGGCUACUGACGGCUGGCACCAUUGAGGAGAAAAUUUACCAUCGGCAGAUUUUCAAGCAAUUCCUGACCAAUCGUGUGCUGAGCGAUCCGCGGCAACGUCGAUUUUUCAAGUCUCGGGAUCUCUACGACCUGUUCACCAUGGGGUUUGACAACCACGAUGACGAGACCGAAACGGGAGCGCUUUUCAGCGGGACUGGCUCGGAGGUUCGCGUCGUGGAUCGCGGCGGUGGUUUGGAUGCCCAAGACGAGGCCGAACUGGCUGCUGUGGAUUUCAGCACCGCACGUCACAGCAAUGCAGCUGCAGCAGCAGCAGCAGCUGCGGGAGUGAAGACGUCGUCCGUGCAGGCGGAUCGCUCUUCUGCCUCGGCGGCCGCAUCUGGUGCUGAAUUGGAAGGGCACGUCAUUGCCAACCUUGCCCGCGCCAGCGAGUUUCAGCCCAAUUCUGUGGAUGAUUUUGGCGUCGGUGGCAGCAAUGGCAACACACGCAGCAGCAGCAGCAGCAGUGCUGGUCCUUCUGGAGAAUCUGCCGCUGCUGCUUCUCCCGCUCGCCGCAGCGGUGGUGGCGGUGGUGGCGGGGAUGACGCCGUUCUCGCCGCUCUGCUCAAAAAGCAUGUGCACAGCGCCUUGCACCACGAGAACAUUAUGGAAGCUGGCCACGCCGAUCACAAGCUUGUCGAGGCGGAGGCCAGUCGCGUUGCAAAACAGGCGAUUGAGGCACUGCAAAAGUCCCGCACUGCACUCCGCAACAAUGCCAUCAACAUGCCCACCUGGACCGGCCGAUCUGGCUUUCAAGCGUCCGCCGCGUCGUCUUCGUCUUUGUCCUCUUCUUCUUCUUCCGCUGCCCCCGCCCCAAGGUUUGGAACCAAAAAGUCCAUGUCAACCAUCAUGGCCACUACCCAGGUCGUGAGUGCGCCGAGCAGCGGCACAAGCUCGCCCGUCGAGGACGAGACUACUUUGCCGACAAGUUUGUCGCGGGGCGCCGUGUCGUUUGCUGCGCGAUCCGCGUCUGAUCUCUCCUCCGCCACUAUGCUCAACAAAUCCGCUCAGGAGACGCGCAUCCGCAUGGCCGAUGACUUGUUGGAAUACUUUUACAGCCACGAGCGGUGCGUCACGAGCUCGGCCAUCGUAGCCGUGUUUGGACCCAAGAUCCCGCAAAAGGACUCGGCUUUGUUCAAGGCCAUUCUCAAGGAGCUUGCAGUCCUGAAGAAGCGAGGUGCCACUACCGUUUGGGAGCUUCGACCGGCGUUCUGAGGCUGGUGUUGUUGUUCUUUUGCGCGGCACAUUUAUUUAUUUUUGUAAUUUUGCGAAUCAACAAAUAAAAGAAGG